AUGGAGGCAAUUAAAUGGAACGAUAAUCCGAGGAGAGAGGAACGUGGCAACGUCGGAGUACUGGCACUGGAUCGGGUGCAGGGGGGCGGACGGAGACGGAUCGGAUCCCGCCCAGGGACGGAAAAGGAGGGGGAAAGGGAAUUCCGCAGUUCGUUCGCAGGUCCCGCCGGGAGCACCACACUCGCGGCGUUCGCGGCUUUCGCGGCUCUCGCGGCUUUCGCGAACGCGAUGAGCAAGAAGGCGGCGCUGCUGGGGAGGUUCAACGCGACCGAGUCCCCACCCGUCCUCCACCCUGUCCUCCACCCCGUCCUCCACCCCGUUCUCCACCCUGUCCUCCACCCCCACGUCGUGCAACCUCCCAUCAUCAAACCUUCCGUCACCCGACCUCCUAUCGUUAGACCUUUCGUCAUCCGACCUUCUGUCACCCAACCUCUCGUCACCCAACCACCCGUCACCCAACCUCUCGUAAUCAAACCUCCCGUCACCCAACCACCCGUCAUCGAGCCUCUCGUCACCCAACCUCUCAUCGUCAAACCUCCCGUCAUCAAACCUCCCGUCACCCAACCUCCCGUCACCCAACCACCCGUCAUCGAGCCUCUCGUCACCCAACCUCUCAUCACGGUGCGAAACUCCCGACUCGGGAUGUCUGGCAGCCCUGCUUCCAUCUGGCAACACUGA